AUGGGCAACUGCGGUGCAAAGACGGCAGUAGCGAAGCAACAAGACAUGGAAGAUGCGUUUCCGUCCGAGCUGACGUUCAGGAAGAAGGCGGAGCUCCAGGACGUGCUGGACGCGGACGGCAUCGCCAGAGAGGAGGGAGACCCGUGGUUGGUGGUAGAGGCGGCGUGGGUCCAGAGAUGGCUGGCCUUUGUGCAGGGGGACGACUCGGUCAAGAAGCCCGGCCCGAUACAGAACGAGACGCUCCUGGUCCACGACCCGGCCUCCAAGGCGUGGGUGCCCAAGCCCCUGCUGCGCGCCGCGCGGAGAGAGCACAUGGGUCACUACCGCAGGGUUAACCCGCACGUCUGGAAGAAGUGGGCGGGGACCUACCGCGGCAGCGGUCCUGCAAUCUGGGUGGACAAGGAGCCGUUCGAAGACACGUCCAACUGGCAGGUCGACCCUGCCUUUGACGGCGUUUCGAAGGGCCGAAGCGGUCGCGGGUUCGGCGGUUCGCAGGGGGGGGAGGGCUGGGAGAAGACAGGGUCGGCUCCCGGGCAGCCGGUCGUCGCCCACAGCCUGGCGAUAGGAGAUAUGGAGGACGAAGGGGUCGGCGAAGAGACGACCGCGCAGGCAGCAGCCUUCUUCGACGUCACGCUUGACUCUCCCAGAGUGUCGGCUUCCGGGGGGGCCGCAGUAUCCGGCGGCGGCGGCGGCGGCGUAAUCGCUACCUCCCCCGCCGCGGCGUUAGCCGGCAACGGAGGGGCGGGGGGGCGGCCGGUAAGGGACCCGCGCAGUACAAGCAGUGGCGGCGGCGACGGCGACAAGCUUGAAAGGGAAUCCACCGCCGCGGAGAUGUGGAUGUACGGCGACGACGCUGCUACGGGCUCGGCUCAGGAAUGAGCGGAAGGGGGUGGGGGGGGGUGAGGGGUGGGUGGGUGGCGUACUCGUAGCCGUGCAUGCCGUAGUCGUUAGACCAUCGACCUCGCAUCCCUACAAGUACGAGGCCGGGACGGAGCACGCCGGGUUCUCGCCGGGCUGUACAGUAGCUUCUCGGCGUUGUGAGCACACGAAGGGUUCGAGUGCGCCGCGUGUACAAGCGAAAAGACGCACGGGCCGGGACUCCGUUGAUUUGAGGCCGACCGGGUGGGCGUGAUGCGCGGAGAGCGCUUGCUAGG